GGGCACCAAAUUACUGAUUUUUUUCGGAUGUGAACAGGUGGGCUUCCCAACACCAUCUCCGUCAGCCUGGAAGAGGAGGAGGAGCUGGAGGGCAGAGGGUCAACAGAAUUCACGUGCUUCUCAGAGGACAUCGUGGCCGAGCAGCUGACCUACAUGGACGCGGAAUGUAGAAUCCUGAAGGCCAUCGUUUCAGCACUGCAGUCUAAUUCCUUCUAUCGGUUAAAAAAGGCUUGGGCUGCCGUCCCGAAGGACCGAAUGCUGAUGUUUGAAGGACUUUCAGAUAUCUUCUCAGACCAUAAUAACCAUUUGACCAGCCGGGAACUACUGAUGAAGGAAGGAACCUCAAAAUUUGCAAACCUGGACAGCAGCGUGAAAGAAAACCAGAAACGGACUCAGAGGCAGCUUCAGCUCCAGAAGGAUAUGGGUGUGAUGCAGGGUACUGUGCCCUACCUGGGCCCCUGCCUGCCUGACCUGACCAUGCUUGACACUGCUCUUCAGGACUAUAUCGAGGGUGGACUGAUAAACUUGGAGAAAAGGAGAAGGGAAUUUGAAGUGAUUGCCCAAAUAAAACUCUUACAGUCUGCCUGCAACAGCUAUUGCAUGACCCCAGACCAAAAGUUCAUACAGUGGUUCCAGAGGCAGCAGCUCCUAACAGAGGAGGAGAGGAGCUUUUAAUCUACGGAGAGGGACAGACUCAUGAAAAAUUGAACUCUGAUGGGCAGCUAAAGUCCUACAGAACUACGGGCAGGAACAGUUCGUUUGGCCAAGGAGGGAAGUGGGGGGGAAUAGGAAGCUAUGAAGGCAUUAACAUCUAGGCUGGGCUGUGAAGGAGAGAGAAGAUUUCACCAGAAGAAUUGGAGAAGAACAUUCCAGACAGAGAAAGAACACAAGCAAAGGUCUGACGUGCUUGGCAUUUGGAAGAACAGUGAUAACUCUGGUGUGGCUGGUACACAAGGGACAGGUUUUCAAAUAAAUAGUGGUUGAUGGGCAUAGAAAGAUACUUAACUCUAGUGCUUUGAAUGUUGGCCCAGCAGGGGUUCAGGCCAUACCCUGUAGUCUGGGGGUUGGCAGAUUAGUCUGCAGGCCGUAUGUGGUCCACCCCCCGUUUUUACAUUUUUAAAUGGCUGGUAAAAAAGAAAAACACAAAAGAAUAAUGUUUUGUGACAUGGGAUAGUUAUUUGAAAUUCAAAUUUUAGUAUCCAUAAGUAGUUUUUUUGGAACAUAGGCCAUUCAUUUACAUCUUAUGUACGAUUGCUUUCAUGCUUUAAAGACAGUUGAGUAGUUGCAACAGUGACCGUAUGGCCACAGAGCUUAAAAUACUCACUGUCUGGUCCUUUACAGAAAAAGUUUGCUGAUCUCUGUUAUAGACUAGGGAAUUUUCUUGAAAAUUUACCUUAGGGGAGAGUGAAGUUGAAAGCAAAGUCAGUAUUGUACCAGUGAGGAAAUUCAGGUUUAGAUAUGUAUUAUAACUAGUCAGUGACAGCAUUUGGAUUGGAACUCAGGUCUGCCUACGAACAACCUGAGCUCAGUACCCUUCUCUGCCUACCCGGUAGCCAAACACAUCUCCUAGCUAGAGCUACAAGCUUUCAUAAAAGGCAUUUCAAAUCAGAUAUAAAUCCUCUUGUGCUUGUGGCAGUUAUAUCUUCCUGUUAUAUGGAUGUCUGAAUCUGGAGCAUUUUUAAUUUAGGAUGUUUUAGCAAUUAAAAAUCAUAUUUAUGUGUCUUUAUCAAUAAUAUAACUGCCUAUGCCUAUUCAUUAAAGGUGAGAUAAUUUACAAAAA